AAUGCCUAAACCAGUGCCUCCGUGGCGCCAACCGCCAAAAUGUCUCACACUCUCCUAGCCCCACGUCCCCUUCCUUCCGGCUUCCUUCAGCCUCGCACCGCAGCCGCCGGUGUGCAAAGUCACCGUUCGUUCCUUCUAGCUUUGCACGUGCGGGCAUCAAUGCAAGUGUGUGUUCACAUCACACUUCACUGGUGGCCGGGGCCCUGGUGUCGACGAAGACGGCCACCACGACCUGCUCUGCUUGUGGUCUUCUCCCCGCCCGCCGCAUUGACUUUGACGCCACCAACUCAUCUCAAAGCGAUGCGCCUCACUGCCCACUGCCACUGCCACUGCUGAGCUUCGCCUCGGUCGCUAUACAUAUCCGGCGGCGUGCCAAGUUGAUCCGGACCGGCGCACUGAGCACCACUACUGCCUGCGUUUGGAGCACCUUAGCACCAGCAGCAGCAUGGCGGAGACGGCGAUCACCACGGUGCUGGCCAAGGUGGCGGAGCUGGUGGCGUGGGAGGCGGCGGUGCUGCUGGAGGUGGGCGACGACGUGCGCCUCCUCCGCGACAAGCUCGAGUGGCUCCACACCUUCAUCCGCGACGCCGACCGCCGCCGCCGCCUCCGCGACGACGAGUUCGUCGCCGUCUGGGUGCGCCAGACCCGCGACGUCGCCUUCGAGGCCGAGGACGCGCUCGACGACUUCCUCCACCGCGCCGUCCGGAGGCGGAGGACGCCCGCCCUGGGUUCCCGGUGCGCCAUCGGUGCGGGGUCGUGGUGGUGGCCCGGCCGGUGCGCCGGCCAGGUCGCGCUCCGCCACUACCUCUCGGGGCGUAUCCGCCAGAUCAGGAAGCGGCUCGAUGAGAUCUCCGAGAACCGCGCUGUCUACAACAUCGAGCACACGCCCGCGCCGGCCUGGGCCGCCGCCGCCUCCUCCGCCACCACCCUUGCCGCCUGGGACGAUCUGGAGGAGUACACGGUUGGGCUGGACAAGUACAGCGACAUGCUCAAGGAGCAGCUCCUCGACGACUCCGUCCCCGCGCGCGCGCUCGUGGCAAUCGCCGGCGAGAGCAGCAUUGGCAAGACGACGCUCGCCCGGAAGGUGUAUCAGAGCCUCGAGGUCCGCAACCACUUCGAGAUCCGCACGUGGACGGUGCUCCCGCACAAGUGCCGCGCCGCCGACGUCCUCCGCGACAUCCACCGGCAGAUGACCAACCAGCUGCGGCGAGCCCCGUCCGCGUCCAAGCAGGCCGCGGAAGACGCCUGCGACGGCGACAAAGCCUUCGGGUCAGGAAAGGACAUCAGCAACCAGCUGCACAAGAGCAUGACCGGGAGGCGGUACCUCGUGGUCGUCGACGGCAGCGUGUCCGUCAUGGACUGGAACAGCCUGCGAGCCUCCCUCCCCGACGAGGGCAACGGCAGCAGGGUGCUCCUGAUCACGGACCCGGAUGGCCUGGAGGUGGUCGGCCUCGGCCACGCUGGCCACACGUACGACCCGAUCGUGCUCACCCGGCUGAGCCCGGAGAGCACGUACGAGGUGUUCCGGCGCCGGGUGUUCGGCGCCCGCGGCGACUGCCCCGGCCGGUACAAGUCGAGGUACUACCAGGACGUGUUCCGGAUCACGCGCGGCCUGCCGCUGUCGAUCGUCGUCCUCGCCGGGAUCCUGCGGUCCAAGGAGCUGCCGGCGGAGUGGGACGAGGUGAUGGCGCAGCUGGCCCCGCCGGCCCGCGAGCAGCAGCACAGGGGCGGCGGCGGCAGCAGCAGCAACAGCUGGCCCCGGAUCAUGUCGCGGGCCUUCGACGACCUGCCGCACCACCUCAAGUCGUGCUUCCUCUACCUGGCGGCGAUGCGGGAGAGCACGCCGGUGGACGCGCAGCGCCUGGUGCGUCUGUGGGUGGCCGAGGGGUUCGUGCGCCCGCGCCGCGGGAGCACCAUGGAGGAGGUCGGGCAGGGGUACCUCAAGGAGCUCAUCUCCCGGUGCAUGGUGCAGCUGGUGGACAAGGACGACUUCGGCGCCGUGCAGACGGUGGUGGUGCACGACCGCCUGCACGCCUUCGCGCAGGACGAGGCGCAGGAGGCCAGCUUCAUCGAGAGCCACGACAGCACCGACGUGCUCGCGCCGGCCACCGUGCGCCGCCUCGCCGUCCUCAACUCCACCAUGGACAGGUACGUGCAGCUCAGCAACGCGCUCCCCAAGCUGCGCUCCAUCAUCUGCGACUUCGUCGAGGUUCGCCGAGUCAGGUCGUCCAGCAACAUCAUCCACACCAGCGACCUGGGAUUCCUCCAUGCUUCCAAGUUCCUCCGUGUCAUUGACAUCCAGGGACUCGAGCUCAAGAAGCUCCCAAACGAGAUCGGCUCCAUGAUCCACAUCAGAUACCUGGGCCUCCAUUGCGGCGACCUGGAGAAGCUCCCGAGCACCAUAGGCAACCUUGUCAACCUGCAGUCGCUCAUCCUCGGCGGCCGGCGCGUCCUGGAGGUGCCCGCAGCGUUCUGGAGGAUCCCCACGCUGCGGCACGUUGUUGCCCUGUUCACUCUGCCGAGCAGAGCCCUGGGCGACCUGCACAGCCUCCAGACGCUCCACGGCGUGCAUCCCCGCGGGUGGGGCGGCGACUACAACCCGCUGGGGAAGGCCGCCAACCUCCGGUCGCUGGAGCUCGGCGAGCUGACCGCCGAACACGCCGAUGCGCUCGAGGCCGCGCUGGAGAGCCUCGACCUCCUGGAGCACCUGGAGCUGCGAGGCGACCCGCUGCCGUCGAGCGUGUUCAGUAUCCCGAACCUCCGCCGGCUGCAGAGCCUGAAGCUGUUUGGCGCCAUGGAUGCUCCGGAGGGGCCUAGAGGCGCGGAGGACGUCCGGUACAUCCGGCCGAACCUGACCAGGCUGUCGAUGUGGAACACCGAGGUGGGGCAGAAGUUCGUGGACAUGCUUGCCGAGCUGCCGAGCCUGGCCGAGCUGACAAUGAUGUUCGACGCCUACGACGGCGAUCGGCUGGCGUUCAUGGAGACUGGGUUCCCGAGGCUGCACAAGCUGAAGCUAGGCCUAACGAAGCUGGAGGAGUGGACGGUGAGCCCAGAGUCCAUGCCGGGGCUCGCCAUGCUGACGCUGUGCCGGUGCGCCAAAAUGCGGAUGCUCCCGGAGGCGCUCGCCGGGAUGACGGAGCUGGAGGAGGUGGUGCUGUACAGCAUGCCCGACAUCGUGGACAGGAUCAAGGAGGGCGAAGGCCAGGAUUACCACAAGGUCAAGCACGUUCCCGUCAUACAGACUAUAUACUGAUCAUCACCAUCUGGCGAGUGGUGAUGCAUGGCUUGUUGUCAGCACUGCUUCAACUCAUGAACGACUAUGAUGAUACGAAGAAGCGAGGACAUUGCAGUUCGAGUGUUAAAUAAUGUCACUCUGUAGUGUGUAGACAUAUUAGGGGCCAUUUGGAAUUUGUUCAAGGUUUGCCACCCUAUUUAGGCACUUAGAUUGGGCUAUUUGAUCCAUGCCAAUUAUAAUUUUUGUGUUUUUAGGAUAUGCCAUUACUCUUUGUCUUACCAUUAGACUAUCUCUAACAAUAUGACCUUAAACUCGAGACCCAUUGUAAGAUAUAGGUCAUGCUGUGCAAGAGAGUUCCAUAUCUAAAAGUUUCUUUCUCCAA